GCUCUACCAGAGCUAAACUGAUUCUCUAGACAGUGAGAUCGCAUUCGGGUCUCAGUACGGCGUCUGAUUUGUCAAAAAUGUCAAAGAGAAAAGAAAGGAAUCAAAAGGACUAGGCAAAAACGAGGAUGUGGCGAUGUGAAGGGACGACCCCGGGAGAAUAAUCCGCAACUAGGCUCGAGAAAGGCACAGCUGGAGCCUGGAGUUAGUGACAGACCGGAAACGUCAAUCUGAUAAGACGCAACUUCAACUGAAGCUCCGACAAUCGACAAUGCCCAGGCGUACCAUGCGCUAGGACACUUCGCGUGGGGCGAAUGGUUUCAUCUUUAUUUCCUCCAGACACCAAUUAUCCUCGAGAGUGUAGAUCCAUGGCUCAGCCAGGAACUUCAAAUUCCAGCGCAGCUUGCUUUAAUGAAUAUGAAUAUAUUAUUAUAUGCGAGGGCUUGAGAGAUGUCAGUUGAAAUACGAGUGGCUGCCAAGAGGUGGGGGGUCGAGCGGUGUCUUGUUCUCUCGCCUCGGAUCUGUCACUCCUGUCACAUUCUCCUCUUCUGCCAUCACUCACAACACCAUGAAUGCCGAUUUUGUCUUCAUCAAUGUGCAAAAACCGAGAGACGCCCUCAAGCUGGCGAAAGACUCGCGCAUCCGGGCCCAUGUGACGCGCAGGCAGUGGAAACAGACAGAACAGCGAUCUCAGGAGGCGGUCGAGAAAGUUCUGAAAAAAGCAAAGAGACAGGCUCAGGACAAAGACCUUCUCAAGCCUGAAAGCAAGAAAAAGACCGAGAAGUCUGACAAAGUCGACAAAGUUGACAAGCCCGAUAAGCUUAAACUCGAGCGUGGUCAGCAGGGCCGAGUCGCGGGCGCUCUGAUCAAGUACGAUCCUCCGCAUUCCAGUCCCGCCCAGUCGGUGCCUGUAUCCUUCUGGGCCUUGCCUAUUGAUCGGCCCUUUGGUGGCCUGCGAGGGGACCCCUUUCGGUCUUACCCAGUCGCAUGGAGGCCCUUUCUACCACAACUGGUAGAUCACUAUAUCCCUGAACUGGACCAACCUGGAAACAGAGGCCUCCUUCGUACCGACUGGUUCCCUCUUGUCAUGAGCGACCCAUCGCUCUUCCAGGUGAUUGUCUUGCUCGCGGCAUCCAACUUUGCAUCCGUGCAGGACUCAACAGAUAUGAAGCUACACCUGCUCGGUCUGCGAUGCGACGCAGUACAGGCUGUGAACGACACCCUAGAGCUGCAGCCGUCUGCCGUCAGUGAUGCCUUGAUCGGUGCGAUCGCAAAAAUGGCCAGCUACGAGGCCAUGUACGGAAAUGUUGAAAACUAUGCGGUCCACAUGAAAGGGUUACAGCGGGCUGUCGAGCUUCGUGGGGGCCUUUACUCAUUGGGACUUGGUGGACUCCUGCGUCGCAUUGUGAUCUGGAUCGACCGCAAUGGGGCGUUCCUAAAUGGGUCGACGCUGUACUUCCCUGGUGAAAGCUUCGCACCAGGACAGCCGCUGCCGGACCCGAACCCAGGCCAUUUUCUAGGAGCGCAAUAGUAGUCCACCGCCUGAGUUGACGGUGGCUGGCGGGACAGAGAAAGAAGAUGAUAUCACCGGCUAUGAACCAUUGAUCUGGCUCCGAUGGGUCCCCGUCCCAAAAAGGUUAUCACAUCGACACCGAUCGGCCACGCUAUCCCCAAUUCGGUUAUCACAUUUUGUCCCAGCUCCUUGACGAUCUGGAUAUCCUCAAG